UGGCAGUUCAUUCAUUCGGCUUGUUUGCCAAGAGUCGCUGCCUUUGGAGCGAUAUUUCGCGGUCGCAGUCGACGUCGCGCUGUCACCGCCGGCGGCAGUGGCAGUUAACUUCUCGCUGUUAACGUGGCUAUAAUUGCAAGACGCAAAGAAAGCAGUUUUAAUUGUUGUAAACAAGCGCGCGAGUUCGGUUCAUUUGGCAAAACAAAAACAAACGACCAGAAGUUCUCCGCGAGUUGUUCAAUCAUUUGUUAUUGUUGAUAGAGGUCGUGAAAUUGAAUUGAAAAAUUAAAAGCGAAUGGCGCCAAAUGUUUAACUUUAAAAAAACGGUUAUGUCAAUCAACCAGUGAAGAAGUAAAACAAAAAUAAAAAAUACUUUAAAUGAAAAUGAUUUAUGAAUGCUGUCUACGAAAAAUAGACAUCCGAAGGAGAUAUACUAUAUACUAUAUAUAGUAUGUGCAUAUGUUUAUUGCUAAGAUAAAUUCCCCGCCAGCAAAACAGCAAACAGUAAAAAUAUAUGGGAAAAAAGGAGGGCUUUAAUGCCAACGAUCAAUAUUUGAACAACAAAUCAGCAAUGAGAGCCGCGAUACAGAUACAGUUUUCAACAAAAACCGUACGAGAUGCGUGAGGCGAAUUAACACCGAUGCGUUAACACAAUUAGUUGAAAAGUGAAAAACGACAUAGCGCAGAGGCAGGAGAUUAAAUAAAAUAAAAUCUAUAUGCCAUUCGGGAGUGUCGACAAAAAGCGGGCCAGCAAAUUUGCAACUUUACACUCGACGGGCGUUUUCAGUCGCGUAAUGAAGCUCCAGCAUCGCGGCUGAGUCGAAGAAAGAAACACAUGUGCCAGAAACUGAAACUACUAAAGUGCUAAAAAAAAAAAAUCUUAGAAAAUAUAUAGUUCCAAGCCAUGGCUGAUUUACUGAAGGCCCUCAAUAUCACGGGCAACCUGCUGGCAGGCCUCGAAGAUACCGGCAAUCUAACGGGUGCAACUGCAACCUCAACGGCCACAACUUUGAGUGAAGGCCUCAAUGGCACGGCAACGACCUUGGAUGCCACAUCCACGAGCAGUGGCGAAAAGAUCGAUCUUGGCGGUUUCGAUUUGCCUGGGAACUACUCGAUACUCAUUAACAAACUGGAGCAGCUGGCCCUGGGCUUGGACUCGGCCCUGGGGAACUUCACCAUCGAUCGCCAGGAGGUCGAGAUCAACCUGAGUGGGGCAGCCUCCGCAAACGAGGUGGCCGAUGUGGCCGACGACCUCUUCGACGUACUGCCAGCUGCUCGGGCUCCUCCGCCGCAUAUAGCCCACGGAUCGAGGAUUUAUACGGGCGACGAUGGCCAGGACUUUGCCCACGUGGUCAGCGAUAUCUGGAUCGGGGUCAUUCUUACACUGCUCAUCGUCUUUGUGAUAUUCUUCAUUUGCGCUUGCUUCGUUUAUCACAAGUUCCAGCAGUGGAAGAACUCAUACCGUGCCAAUCACAGCGAUCCGACGAUUGAGAUCUGUCGUCGCUGUCCGCCGGACUACGAGGCGGAGUCGCUGCCCUCCUACACGAUUGUCUCCGGACUGCCCACCUACGACGAUGCCCUGGAGGAGUUCCGCAAGGCGGGCAUCAUCCUGACCCCCGCCGUGGUGCCCAUCAUCAAGAUAUUCGAGUGCAACGAGACUGGCAAGGAACAGGCCGUGGGCUACAGCCUGGUGGAGACGAACGCCUCGGGUGGUGGCGACGGUGGGGCGGACAACGUGUCGAUAGCCUCCACCACCUGCAACUGCGGCAACUCCUCGCCCACUUCGUCGCUGCCAAGCUACAGUGCCGCCACGGCGGCUGCCUUGGCAGUGGCGGCAGCUGCUCCUCCUCAGGUGAUCGAACUGUCGCCGGAACACCUGGCCUCCCUGUCCCAGAAGCGACUCUCCCUGCAGAUCUCAUUCAAUAACUCGGUGCGCCGGCAGUCGCCGCUCAGGAACCAUCUACUCAGAUCCCGGGCGGUGGGAAAUUCCGCCGGAAUGGUGCCAUCGGAGGGGCCGACCGCGGUUCACGGGUCAGGAGGUCACGGCGGACAUGGCGGAGGCGUCACUAUCCUGCCCGUCCUGCAUCGAUCCACUUCCACAAUUUCUCUGUCCAACGAACGCCAGUUGCUGGAUCAACGUCUCAGGCAUUUGCAUCAUCGCGGUUCCCUCUACUGAGAACCGCAUCGAGCAUCCCGACUGCCUGACUAUUCCUUCCUUAAGGGUAUUCCCUACGUUAUUCAUAUCCCAAGAGUUGUUAGUUUUAAGAUAAAGACACAAUAAAAACACGUUAUUUUAUGAUUU